AGCCAAAUCGAAAUAGCGGACCUCGGGCAGCCGCAGCCUGAAAGGUUGGGUGGCUUCUCUGGAGGGAGGGCUGCGGGAGUACCGCACGUCAUCCCCGCCGCCUUUAAUAGCAGCAGGGCUGGAAAGCUGACCCCAAUUUUUAAACGUUGAAGCAAAAUCAGCCUUAAAUGUGAGCUGGGAAGACCCUGAGGGUCUGCGGCGCAGGGUGGGGGCUAAAAGAGGCCACCUCUGUAUAGGGGUGUGUAAACUUGAAGAACUCUGGCUUUUUCAGUUAAAAUCUUCACUUCUGUUGCAGCACAGCAAACAUGCCUGAACAAAGCAAUGAUUAUAGGGUGGUUGUGUUUGGAGCAGCAGGGGUUGGCAAAAGCUCCUUGGUCCUUCGUUUUGUAAGGGGAACUUUCAGGGAAACCUAUAUCCCCACAAUCGAAGAUACGUACCGGCAGGUAAUCAGCUGCGAUAAGAGCAUCUGCACCCUUCAGAUUACAGACACCACGGGAAGCCAUCAGUUCCCUGCUAUGCAGAGGCUGUCUAUAUCCAAAGGGCAUGCUUUCAUCUUGGUGUACUCUGUCACCAGCAGGCAGUCCAUGGAAGAUCUUCAGCCCAUCUUUGAACAGAUUUGUCAGAUUAAAGGGGACAUCCAGAAAAUCCCGAUAAUGUUGGUGGGUAACAAAAGUGACGAGACCCAGAGGGAGCUGGAUGCCAGCGAGGGGCAAGCGUUAGCCAGCAAGUGGAAAUGCUCCUUUAUGGAGACAUCGGCCAAAAUGAACUACAAUGUGCAGGAGCUCUUCCAGGAGCUCUUGAAUCUGGAGAAGAGGAGAACUGUCAGUCUCCAGGUGGAUGGAAAGAAAUCCAAGCAGCAGAAAAAGAAAGAUAAGCUGCAAGGCAAGUGCUCUGUUAUGUGAUGGACUUUGGCUGGACUCGCACCACUGCAUGGUGUAAUUGGAGCAUGGACUCCCACAGAAAAUGCAUUUCUGCUGGAGGUCUCAGUCAAAUCUAUGCCUUAUAGCGCUAUUGCUUUUCUCUAAAAUUUCUGCUGGAUUAUUUUAUGUGUUGGUUUUUAAGAGGAUGGCUUUCUGCAUGUUUAUUUUUUUAAAACAAUAAAUGUUCGAUGUUAGCAAUUACAUGUGACUAGAAGUUUUUAAUGCAGGAAGUUUACAGAAGAUAAUAAUGUCAGUCAGAAACAAACAUCUCUAUUCCUGUGAGUACAUGCUAGUUUUUAAGUACUUCCAGCCUAUUAGCUUGACAGAAAUCAUGGUGUCUAUAAUGUGUGUACUUCAAAAAUUGUUUUCAGGAAUCUGUUGACCAGAGCAAAUCUUUUAACAAAGCUAGGCAUUUGCACUGCAAAUCAACAUGUAUGUGGCUCCGGAUGCUUACAUUUUUGGCAGACGGAUUGGCUUGCCUACCAAAGACGCACUUCUUCCAUGGUAGAAAUUAAGUUUUCCUGUGUGCUGUGCAAUUCCCGAGACUUCUGCAGUUCUGUGAGUGAUUACAGCUAUUCCUGCAUAUAACCAGGCUGUUUGCCUUUUUUUUUUUUUUUUUUUCCCCACUUUACUCUGACUUCCCCUGUUUGCCGAGGUAAGAGGUUGCACAUCCUCUGGCUCCAAAUCCAGGGGUGAUUCCUGGUGUCCUUAAGCAAGAGCUGCCUCCUUCAUGAAGGUAAUUAGGCAGUUUUAAGUACCGGUUGAUGUAGUAGCUGGUUAUCUUGGCAAUUUGCCUUUCCUUUCCCAGCUGUCAGUGUGGCUUUGCAUGUGGCUGAAGCUACCUUUGCAAUCUCCCUAGAGUUCUCUUAGCCACCUUUUUCCCCCGCUCUUGUUUCAUCCAAGUUACCCAGGUUUUAAUUGAGACAUGAUAAGUUGGUUCAAACUCCUAUCCGAUGGAAACUUUUAGUGGACACUUCCCACAAAUCAAAGGACUAGAGGCAUGUACCUCGUCUCCCUCUCCCUGCUCUUUUCUUUGGCUGUUGUUAAUAAGAGACAAGCACGAUAAGCCUCAUCUGCAGUGCAUGGUUGGGAAAGAUUUCAAGACAAUAAGUGCAAGUAUUCACUGUCGGGCUUUGCCGUAGAUCUCCUACUCUGUGUACGUGUUAGUCCAAGCAGAAGACUGUAAGGACUUCAGUACUUCACUGUAGAUUUGCUUUUUACACAGCAACAGUCUUGACGCAAGAGACAAAGGAGGGAGAAAUUGCUUCUUUUUAUAGCACUUUUCUAGUGAAACAAUUUUAUUGUUGAAGAUGAACGAAAUACCGAACAGGAGAUGCUGGAAAGUACACACCCUUUCUUAGUUUGAAAGCAUUCCUGUCUAUUAAUAACUGCUGGUUUUCUACACAAGGUGCUAGAGAAGGGCCUGUUCUCUCAGCCAUUAUUUGUUCAUGUGUUGCAGACUAAUACACAAAGCCCUGAGGUUUGUAUCCAUGUUGGUCUCUCACAUAUUUGAACCACUUUUACAAUCAACGCUGGCUCCCGAUGCUCCGUUGUCUCCUACAUCUGUCCGUGAGCUGCUUUUCUAGUCUCCUCGGGCUGUUCCCACACCAACAGGAGGGGUCAGUUGGCUCCCUGCGUGCCGUGGGAGUUUGCCCCAGUUACAGCUGGAGCCCUCAUACCCUCUGAUUCAGCAGAAAAACUCACUCAUGAUUUCAGGAUCCCAAGCGAGUUCUGCAUGACUGUUCGGUGCUGACUGAAGUGUUACGCUUGCUUGCCAAAGUAAAGUGUGGAUUUGCCAAGCUGAUACAAAGGCUCUACACCUGAUUUUUCUUGCUAGAGGUGACACCCCACGAGCUUCCUGCUCUGGACCUGUGGUGCUGACUGGUGUAGUCCUCUCUGCCACUGCUGCGUGUAACCCUCGCCUCUCUUGCAGUCAGGGGUGAGUCAAGCUGAGGGCAGCUGGAGAAACAGCCUUAAUGGCUUUGCUUGAAUAUAACUCGGGCUUUUUCCUCUCUAACUUUGCGCAUGGACUUUGAUCUCUCUGUUCUUUCAUUUCCAAGCAAUUAUGCAAUGCUUCUCUGUGGGUCGUUUUUAGCAUCUGGCAAUUAUUAUUGCAAAGACUUUCAGUUCCGUUCCAGCCUUUGAAACCCCUAUAAGACGUUUUAUAUUUAAGCCUUUUUAAAAUGUCAUGAGGCCUAAUAAUGUCUCUGCAACUCCCACUGCCUUCAUGGAGAUGCCUGUGCAAAGGCAGGGCAGCGUGUAUCUGCAAUUUUUCACACAGCCAAGAUGUUCUGUAACGUGUCAUUAUCACUGCGGUGUUUUCCCGGAGCAAACUGGGGACCGGGGUCCAGCAGAGCACAAGGAACGACUGAUGGGAACGAAACGGGCUCAGUCCCUCCUGCAGCUGGGAGAAUCACUGGCAGAUGCCCCACGCUGCCUUCGGUGGCCACGAGAGGAGGUCCCACGGGCUGCGUGGGCAGUGGAGAUGCUCAGGUGCUCCUGGAGAUGCAGGGUGGUGGUGUGGGGGCCCCCGCACCCCAAGUCCCAGCUUAGAGCAGACUGGGAGCCAGUGAUGCCUGCUGUGGCUGCCUUUCACGCUGUGUAAAUAAUGGAUGUUCUGGGUGUGCUAGAUCUAUUGUAUUGUAAACUAAAACUGUAUUGCUAAACUGUAUAAUUGUAUUUGUUUCCAUAUAAACUGAACAAGUCUGA